AUGGACUCUCCUCCCCUCAGACCUAUAUCUGCCGUACCAUCUCAUCUCUCCAACGGGAGCUCCCCGCUUCGCGCCCCAGCCGAGAUGAGGGACCGCAAGGAACGAGAAAACCUGUUUGCUUCAAUCGAAGCUUCAAACAGCCGACAACGCACCGCCCUGGUAUUUGACGCACCGAAUGGCUAUUCUGCGAACGGACAUACCUCCAAUGGUACCACUGUUGGGUCGCAUAACACCGCGCCUCUGAGCACGCUAGACGAAGAAUCCAUGGCGCAUGAGUUCACAGACGCAAUCCCGUCCAGACGCCGAGCGUCCCCUCCCACGCCUCUCGGGACAAGUCGAUCGCAGAGCCCCUUCACGCAGCACCCGACCAUUGAUUUCGAUGGUCUGAGCUGGCCGAGCCUGGGAACGCGGGAACGCAAGGAAGCAUCCGAGGAAGAGAAGGAACAGCGUCUCACAAAGCUCUCCGGCGCACUCAAGACCGUCCUCGAAUGUCUGGGCGAGGACGUCGACCGCGAAGGCCUGCGCGCCACGCCCGAGCGCUACGCAAAGGCAAUGCUAUUCUUCACAAAGGGCUACGAAGAAAACCUCUACGACAUCGUCAACGGGGCCGUCUUCCACGAAGACCACGACGAGCUAGUCAUCGUCAAGGACAUCGACAUCUUCUCCCUCUGCGAGCACCAUCUCGUCCCCUUCACCGGCAAGAUGCACAUCGGCUACAUCCCCAACAAGCGCGUCCUCGGCCUGUCCAAGCUCGCCCGCAUCGCCGAGAUGUUCGCCCGCCGCCUGCAGGUGCAGGAAAGACUCACCAAGCAAGUCGCCCUCGCCCUCUCCGAGGUCCUCCAGCCGCAAGGCGUCGCCGUCGUCAUGGAGUCGAGCCACUUCUGCAUGGUCAUGCGCGGCGUGCAGAAGACCGGCGCGACAACGACGACCAGCUGUAUGCUGGGCCGCAUGCGGUCCACCGCCAAGACGCGCGAGGAGUUCAUGACCCUGAUCAAUCGCAGAUGA